GCGACGGCGGGAGGGGACAGCCCCGCGGGCUGGGGGUGCCGGCCGCGCCCCGGAUCUCCGUCCCUCCCUGCGUCCCGCCCGCCCGCGCUCACCGCCACCGCUUCUCCCUCCCCUGCAGCCGCGCCGGGACCAUGUCGGCGGAGACCGCGAGCGGCCCCACUGAGGAUCAGGUGGAGAUCCUGGAGUACAACUUCAACAAGGUCAACAAGCACCCGGACCCCACCACGCUGUGCCUCAUCGCGGCCGAGGCCGGCCUCUCCGAGGAGGAGACCCAGAAAUGGUUUAAGCAGCGCUUGGCCCAGUGGCGGCGGUCGGAAGGUCUACCCUCAGAGUGCAGAUCUGUCACAGACUAAGGAGAUGGUGGGCAUUGGCAGCUUCUCUUCGUGAAGACCAUCUGUUAUUUCUCUCCACGGCUUAACCAAGCUAUUUUGGUUUUUCAGUGUAGUGUUGUAUGUUCCACUGUUAGGUGUCCUGCUAUUUAACACAAUGUUGUAUUUUUUUAAUGUACAUAACUAGAAAAGAAAAUAACAAAAGGAAGCUAUGUGCAGCUUCUGUGCAGAGCAGUGGCUUGGCUAGGAAAGUGGUGUGGCUUGCAUUUCCCUUUGGGUCAUGAUGACAGUUGGUGUGAAAACCAUCUAAGUUUGCUUUUGACCAUCAACUCCCGGUAACAAUUGACUUUCACUAUCUAUUUCUGGGCAGGCAAGGCCUCUGUUGAAAAGAUAACAUGACCAAGAGGGAGAAACAUUUCCCUCUGAAUCUACUUCCCUAAGUUGUUUUCCUUAUGUUUCAUUUAAUGCAUUGAGGCCGAGUGAGAAUACAGAGGGAUGUUUGAGUCAUUCGGAUUUCAUAAAGCAGUUCCUUGGAUUAAAGCUGCAUUAACUUGGAAAGAACCCAGUUAGGCUGGAAGACAGAAACUCCAACUGACAGAAAAGCAAGUCAUGAAGAAAAAAAUCCACAAAAGUCUUGAGUUUACCUUAUUUAAAUGCAUUUGUUAAAUUUAUUUUGCUAAACAAAAUGAACUGCUUUUUUGUCUCUAAAAUGAAAUUCUAAAUAAAACCUUAACUUUUUGUUGAAAAUGCA